CUCUGCUGUGAAUUUGUGUUAUUUCCCUCCCGACGCUCCAAGCAAACGGUCGAGUCUCACCAAGAACAAAAACAGCACCCCACGAGAGAGGAAAGAAAUAUAAGGAGACCCAGUCAGCCAGCACCGGCCCCCCGCCAACGAGAGAAGGAAAAGCACGCGCGUCAUCGAAAAUACAAAAAAACGUGCUAUUAAACCAAAUAAAAACCAGAGUAAAUACCGUUUUUGGGAACUUACAUAAAGCCAUGGCCGAUGCAAACACUCUAAACGUCUCCGUGGAUGUGGUGUGGCCCACAAUUAUUGUCCUGGCCAUGCUGGUAAUCAAUGGCUUCGUCUUUGCCUACAUCAUGCGAAAGCGCCGGGAGUUCAGCAAGCACCUGUCGGAGGAGCAUCCGCACACAUCCUACGCAGCCACCAGCAGCCAGGCGGUGGUCUCAGCACCGCUGGAGGAGCCCGAAGACGAUUCCUGUGCCAUCCAAAUGGAGCGUCUGUAGUCGUAGCCGUUAUAGCAGCUAACCAGCCAGCCGUAGGUCUCAGACAGAUACUCACCAUCCUCUCGUCCAGGCUCAUCAUCAAUCAAUUGCAACGAAUUUUCCUAAAACCGCAGAAAGCUGAAUAGUUCAAAGAUAAAAGAUGCUCUCUUUUGCCUGCGAAAAGUCUUGCAAAUACUGUUUAGAUAGAUAUAGAGAUACAGAGCGUAUACGUAUCGCAUCGAGUGCCUAGCAAGCACAUGCAUUUAAUUACGGUUCUUAAGUUGUUAAUUUUGCUACAAAGAGUAUAUAUACAAUAAUAAUAAAACGUGUGAAUUUUAUCAUACCUUGUCGAAAAAUCAAA